AUUAAUGGCUGAUCUGGUAUUCUGUACCAGAACAGUGAAGAUAGUCAUUCAGGAUGUUCCAAAAUUACCAGUAUGGGCGGACUGACAACUCAUGGGGCCCCCGGGCAAUAGGGGAUCAUGGGGCCCCUGUGUCCUUGCCCAAACUCAAAAAAAAGCCAAAAAAGGUACCAGGGGCAUCUCAUGGGGCCCCCUACAGACCCCGGGCCCUCGGGCAGUGCCCGAGUUUCCAAAUGGUCAGUCCGUCCCUGGUU